AUGGCAGGUCAAGCAAGAUUGAGGGAGGCACUGAACGCCGGAGGCCCAGGCUCUCAGAAGGAAAAGGGCCCUCAGCCUGUUGAUGGUAUCCUGUCAGUCACUCCAGACACCCCGGAAGCAGUAGAGUGGCGCACACGGCGAUCUAUCAUAGACAGUGCUGGAGCAUCGUCUUCCUACUUGGAAGACGACGAUGGCCCUAAGCCGUCUGAGCUGUAUGGAAAGUUCACCUGGAAGAUUGAAAACUUUUCAGAAAUUAGCAAGCGUGAGCUGCGCAGCACCAUUUUUGAAGUCGGCAGCUACAAAUGGUACAUUCUCGUGUAUCCUCAAGGCUGUGAUGUGUGCAACCACCUCUCCCUCUUCCUUUGUGUGGCGGACUACGACAAGCUGCUGCCAGGUUGGAGCCAUUUCGCCCAAUUCACCAUUGCAGUGGUAAACAAGGACCCCAAGAAGUCGAAAUACUCAGACACGCUGCACAGAUUCUGCAAGAAGGAGCACGACUGGGGGUGGAAGAAAUUCAUGGAGCUGAACAAGGUUCUGGAGGGCUUCACAGUCUCCAACACUCUAGUCAUCAAGGCCCAGGUCCAGGUCAUCAGGGACCGGCCGCAUGCGCCGUUCCGGUGUCUGGAGGCGCAGUAUCGGCGGGAGCUUGUGCGAGUGUACCUGACGAAUGUGGAGACGCUGGCGCGCAAGUUUGUGGACGAGAAGCGCGAGGCGCUGCUGCACCUGCGCAGCGAGGACAGCGGCUUCCGCACCUUCUGGGGCAGCCUGGACCCCAAGAGGCGCCGCCAGCUCGCCACAACCUCUGGAGAGACUGUGCUCAAGGGUGUGGUUAAGCGCUUCUUCAAUGAGAAGGAGGUCACUUCCACGCUGGUGAUGGACGCCCUCUUCAGUGGCUGCAAACAGCUGGAGGAAGCCUCUCGCAACUUGGAGUCCAAGAAGGGGAAGAAGGAGAAGCCGCCCGUGGUGACAGUGCACGCCGACACCUGGUCGCUGCAUGGGGAUGUGCAGACGGUGCUGGAGCGCGCGGUCUCAGAAGCAAUCCCUCCCUUUAGGGAUGACAAAGCGGGCGAUGCCCUGGCUGUCCGCAAUGCCCAGGACUCGGAUGACUACAGUAGCAACUAUGUGGAGCGCGAUGAGAGGCGGCUGGCAGAGCUGGGCAGGCGCGCAGUUGAGAUGUUUGCAGUGGCCCAUGUCUUCAGCGAUCUGGAGAGCGCCUACUGUGAAGCAGAGAGCAUCAAGCGGCAGGAUGCCCUCAUCAAGGAGGAGGAGGAAGCAGAGAGGCUGGAGGAUGAGAGGGCGGCAGCGCGCUCGGCGUCAGAGAAGGAGAAACGGGCGCGCAAGAAGGAGCGCCAGCGGCAGAAGAAGGCGGUAGAGACGGCCAAGAAGGAGGCCGAGGACGAAGAGCGCCGCAAGCUGGAGGCUCAACGAAAGGCAGAGGUACAAUAA